CCCAAAUAACAAUUACUUCUCUUGUUAUCGAAGAACGACAACAAAAUAAAAAAUUAGCUUUAGUUAUUAACUAAAAGUAGCAAGGAAGCAAAAUGGCUGAAACCAAAGUCAAUCCUUUCGACAUGGACAGCUCCAGCUUCGAUUCCGAAAAGUAUCUGGAAAGACUGUUAAAGGAUUGUUCCUUAAGGCAAAUUAUGGAUACAGAGGCUGCUGUGGUCAAGGACACCCAAACUUUACAUUCGGAUAUGCAAACUUUGGUCUACGAGAACUACAAUAAAUUUAUCUCCGCCACGGACACAAUUCGCCGAAUGAAAGACGACUUCAAGCAGAUGGAAACGGAUGUAAACCUGCUGAUGACUAAGAUGCAGUCUAUUACCACCUUUAGUGAGCAGAUCACUGGAACGCUGCAGGGCACCAGAUCACAACUAUGCCGACUAUCCGAGAAACAUUCGCUUCUCAAACGGCUGCAGUUCCUCUCCACACUCCCAGCCAAACUGAAAUCCCUGAUAGAGGAGCAAAAUUACGCACAAGCUGUACAGGAUUACCUACACGCCCAGAAGGUUUUCGCACAAUAUGGUAGACAGCCCUCAUUCGAUGGUAUCCAACAAGAUUGCGAUGACAUAAUGGCGGAUCUAAAGGAACAAUUGCGAAAGGACUUUCAAAGAGCGGGAAAUACGGCUCAAUCGUUGACAGAAAUCGGUGAACUACUCCUACAGCUGGAUGAGAAAACCUCAGAUCUGGCUAGCGAGAUGCUGACUUGCGCCGGAAAGAGACUCCACGAGCAAAUUGUUAUGCUUCAGGAUCAGACAGAGCGCGAUAUGCUGGAGUUCGUUGACAUGGGUAUCGAUGGUUUACUCAACGAUCUGGCGUUGGUUGUGACCUCCUAUUUUGACAUGUUCGUGGCCAAGCACUACGAGCAAGAGCGUGACGAUUUCCAGGAGAAUGCUCUGCAGGAGCUAAAUAUCUUCCUCAAUCAGAACAUCAACAAGUAUCUCACUCUCGUCCAGGAUCGAGUUGAAUCCGAUAUUGGGUAUGGAGACACCCAAGUAAUGCUGCGUGCUCUGGAUCGCCUUCAUCGGCGACUUCAAGCCAUGCGGAACAUAUGCCGCGGCUUAGAGGUUCAACGCAACACAGUCUCCAUCAUUAUAUCUGCUGCCCACCAACUUUGCGAUGCACACGCCAAGAACCUUAAGGAUCACUUUGCUGAUAGCUUGAGUGCAGUUCGAUUGUCUCUGGUUUCCGCUAAGAGCGAUGCAGCUGGUCUUAAUCUUAGUGAUCUCAUCAGCAAUCUGUAUGUAGCUAUGGUGGAGAAGAUAAAGGGCGUACUUCAGGAUCUACUUAUAUUUCUGCGUACUGACUGGUCGUUCAACAUCAAAGCAGAGCACAAAGGUGCGUUGUGCGUUGAGGGUAUUCGAGAGAACCUCCUGAUCGGUUUCCUGCGUCACAUCGCCAAGGUGAUGUGCAGUUUUGGAGAUGCUUCGAGCUCUAGUCCACCAAAUCUGCUGCUAGUACUGUCUAAAACAUGUCUAGAACUGGAGCAGCAGGGCGUCCAUAUACUGAUUGCUUUGGUGGAUGAUCUGUACGAAAUAGAUUCUGAAAAUAGUGCUACACUUACCCACGAAACUGAGAUAUGUGCGGAAAUGCGAGAAACAGCACAGGCUCUUCUGGACUCCUAUGUCCGGCUACAGGGCACAAAUAUUUCGCAAAUGCUGCGUAAGAGCGUCGAGACCAGAGAUUGGCUAAACUGUCUAGAACCGCGAUCCGUACGAGCGGUGAUGAAACGUGUGGUAGAGGAGCUGGGUACCAUCGAGACGGUGGUUGCCAGUCUCUACGAGGCAACCACGAAUACAACAUCAGGAUUCCGUACCACAGCUAGCAGUGAUUCUAGCAGGAAAACGUACUUCAGUAAUUUUGCUUCCACCUCCAAGCCACAAUACCGAUCCAAUUGGUCAAACUAUACGCCCUCGCAGUUGGAAUCCAGUUAUGUAUCCAAUAUACAUCGCUUGUUUUCAGAGCGAGUGGAAAUUUUUACUUCGGUAGAGUUUACUAAGGCAUCAAUUGUGAUGGGCAUAAUUAAAAUUGGUCUUAAGACCCUAUUGGAAUGCGUGAGAAUGAGAACUUUCAGUAAAUACGGACUGCAGCAGAUUCAGGUAGACGCCCAUUACCUUCAAAUGAACCUCUGGCGGUUUGUUAGUGAUGAAAACCUGGUUAACUUCCUGCUGGACGAGAUCCUUGGCUCAGCUGUCCAACGCUGCCUGGAGUCCGUUUUAAUGGAGCCCAAUGCUGUGGAAAUUAUUUGUGAACGGGGUUAGUAUCUGGUUUCCAAAAGCUGAAAGCAUCAUUCCACUUAAAAUCUCCGUAUAUUUUGUUAAACGCUGCUAGCCUAAGGAUCUUAAGAUAAACAUUUAUAUUUUUAAUGUAUACAUAAUAAAAUAAUGUUUUGGCUAAGUUGAA